GGCUCAAAAACCAGUAGGAGGAGAAGUAGGAGGCGGAGGCGCGCGCGCUCGAGUUAUCUGUCACCGGCAGCACGUGCGGCGGCAGAUAUAAUAUCUUACGCAAGCGCUGUUUUAGGGGCUCGUGGGAGUUUUAGACUCCAGUAACGUAACAGUCAUACACACCGGAGGGAUUACUGUCCUCGUGCGCAUCCCGGUGGAAAGCGCGAGACGGAGGAAACGAGGGACUUACAGAGGACAGAUGGAUGGAUAGACAGAUGGAUGGAUAGAUGGAUGGAUGGACUGACGAUUAGAGGACAGAUGGCUCUGUUUUAUUGGAGAGGUAUGUAGUUAUUACACAGGACAACUGUGGAUCAAUUAAACCUGUGUAUUUGACCAUCUGGACACUCGCUAACAGCCAUCUGCGCUCUGAUGAUUCAUCACACAGGCUGUUGUGGCUCCAGGACGAAUCUUCAUCCCAGAUAUGAAGCUGUUCACUGACUCAGUCUGAUCUCACCAAGGGAACCUCUUUGAAGUUAUCCCAAAUGAUGAUGCAAAAGCAGCAGCCGGUCCGUACCUCUCCAGGAAGUGUGUGUUCUCUGCGAGGGGGGGCCGUGCCGGGAACUCCAGCCGUCACCAUAGUGGCUAAAAUGGAUGAUCAGGUGAUCGGCUAUAAGGACUUAGCAGCCAUUCCUAAAGACAAGGCCAUACUGGACAUCGAGCGUCCCGACCUGAUGAUGUACGAACCGCACUUCAGCUACUCACUGCUGGAACACACUGAGAGGUCCCUCUCUCCGCGCUCUCUCUCUCCUCCUCUAUCUCCUGAGAGCUCGGUCAUGUCGAAGGAGUCGAGGGAGUGUGUGGAGCAGAAGUCUUCGGGCAGCUCGUCUCCGGCCUCCACGCUGCCGCCUGUGUGCAGGAGGAGCAGCGUGAGCAAAAGCACACUGCAUCAGCAGCACUUCCACCGGCCCGAUAACGGCACAAAUAUUUACAAGAAGCCACCAAUCUAUAAACAAGACCUGUCUCAUGCUCCUCAGAGUAAACACAUGGAGGAUCUGAUCAUCGAGUCGUCCCGUUUUCCUGCUGCUCAGCCGCCCGACCCAAACCUGCCGUCUAAGAUCGAAACCGAGUCCUGGCCCUGUCCCCCGUCCGUCGCUGUGCUGGAGAAAGAGUGGAAGAGGAGGUCCGGUGCUCAGAAAGCAGCAGGAAAGGAGGAGGAGGAAGAGGAGGAUGAGUAUGAUGAAAGCGAUGACCUGCAGAGACUCAGACAGAUGCAGAAACAGGAACUCAACAAGAUCCAGUCUAAUUUAGGGAAGUUGAUCCUGAAGGAGGAGAUUGAGAGAGCGACUCCAAUGCGCAGGAAAACUCGCUCUCUACCCGACCGCACGCCCACUCACCUCGGAACCAGAUCUCCAUCGUUCCCUUCAUGCAGUCGGAGUGGUCUGAGCCGGCUCCAGUCUGCAGAGUUUUCCUCCUCACACACUGAUAAAGCCAAUCACAAUUUCCAGGUACGACUAUUUUUAUUUUUAUCUUUUUUGCCUGCACUUCUACUCUUCUGCUUCCACUGCCUCCGUGCGUAUUAUACCAUGAGAGUGUGCACGUGUGCGUGUGCGUGUGUGUGUGUGUGUGUGUGUGUGUGUGCGUGUAGAACGGCGAUGCUCAGGGCAGGAGGAUGGACCGAGGGAACUCGCUGCCCACCAUGCUCGAGCAGAAGGUCAGAUAUCGACAUGCAUCUGUGUUGUUCCGGUUAUAAAAAGCUUCACACACUUUACACACACCAAAUAUGUUUUAAUAGUUCAGUCAGAAAAGAGAAAAUACGUAUUACUGCUGAUUGUACAGUGUGUGUGUGUGUGUGUGUGUGUGUGUUAAAGAUUUAUCCCUACGAGAUGCUCAUGGUGACUCAUCGAGGCAGAAAUAAACUUCCACCAGGAGUGGAUAGGACGAGGCUAGAGAGGCAUCUCUCUCCCGAGGAGUUUGAGAAUCUGUUCGGAAUGACGAUGGAGGAAUUCGAUCGUCUGUCGCUCUGGAAGAGGAACGAAUUGAAGAAACGACUCUCGCUCUUCUAGCGCUAUAUAUUUAAAAAAAAAAAAAAAAAACACUCGCACGAACACACCACAUUUCUCUUCAGAAGGAGAGCGAGAAUCGACGAGAAUCCACCAGCAGGACGACCAGCGAUAAACACACACACGUCACGAUGUCUAUAUCUGCGAUUACACUAUCAGGAGUUGUGAUGAUCAGGAUGAUGAUGAUGAGGAUGAUGAUGAUGGUUUGACUCAGACUAAUACAUUUAUCAUGUUUACCACUGCAACACUUGGAAGCCGACACUUGACGCACUGCAUUAAUCGAUAUUUUGCUAGCUAUGUAGAUAUUUUCUUAGCUAGCUAACACAGAUAUAUUCAACUGCCAGCUCUAGGCGCGUGCCGAUAAUCAAAUCUACGAAAACAUCGAAAAAUAUCGAUACGAUAUUGUCACUACACUGCCUUCCAUUUACAAAGAGGCUGCGUUUGUGGGCGGAGCUAAAAUCUGACCCAUUCUGAAGGCGGCAGGAGGUCAGCUACUUUCGACAUAGCUAGCUAUUUUAUAUGUAUAUAGCUAGUUGCGUUCAGUUACGUUACGAUUUGAGAGAUGCGAGCGAUUUGUAGCCUGGAAUUCUGACCCUAUGAUAGGAAGCGGACGGAUGAAAACAUGCAAUCGUUCAUUUUCUACGUAUAUGCGUAACACGUAGCCACGAUUUCAGCGACAGCGAUAAUUGAAUUGAGAUUUUGUCAAUUCUACGCAAAUUAGAUAUGACGCUUUUAAGAAGCGAACAAAUCAAACGAAUGUCUCGAAUGAUUUCUCGGAACAAUCGUGUGGAGCGCGUGGUUUUAGUUCCUAAUGCGAACAAGCCACGCCCACAAGCGACAACAGUAGCAAUAGCUACACGCCCACAAGAGACACGAGUGAUUUGUCGUAGGUUUAAUGUUUAACUGGCGGCCAAUCAGAGAAAGCUUGCAGCUAGAAACAAUCAUAGUUGAUUAAGAGCCAAUGAAAAUAGAGAAGAGGCGUGGCUUAAGUCAACUUCACAUCGCUUUUAGUUAAAUAAACCGUAUGAGUCUGGGUUAGUGCUGUUUUUUUAGAAACAGGAAGUCGUGACAGCGUGUUUUUCUGGCAUUAACGGAAUAAUUUUAAAUCCAUCAGAUUAGCCCUGCUCAAGCUAGUUUAGCUACACACGCUAAUAAUAAUAAAAUCAUCAUUAAAUCAUGAUUACGAUGAGAUGGAAAGCACAAUCGGCGCACGCCUAGCUUCCUGUUUUUACUACACUCUGGUAAUAGAUAUGGAGUUUCCACAGAGAGCUGAAUUAGCCAAUCAGAGUGAAGAUGAUCUAUUUACACGAAAUGUAUCCGCUUAACACGAUGAUAGAUUGUAAGACGAGCGCGUGAUCGAUAUCGUCUCUGCUCUUAAACUCGGAGUGUAUCGAUCACACCGCUCCAUCCCUCCUCCCUCCCUCUCUCUCUCUCUCUCUCUCUCUCUCUCUUCUCCCUUCAUUUUGCUGCUAAUGCAUUAUUAAGCACCUUUACCACUUGGUUAGAUCCUCUUUCGUUAUUUAGGGACGGAUGGAGAGUUUGAACGACGUCCUCGUUUUAUCCACCUUAUUUUAAAAUACAGAAGAAGUAGCAACUUCCUUUUUUGUAGAAGAGCUAGCGGUUAAAUCGAAGCAGUAACAACUGGAUGAAGAUUAACUGCUAAUCCCAAAUUAGCAGCAUACAUAGUUUGCUAGUUUAGCUAGCUACUGUUAUCAGCGGAUGUUGCUAAUAUUAAUCAUUAGCAAGGUGGCUACAAGCUAGCAUGACUGUGAGUAGUGAGGGUUCAUAAGUGUGUAUUCAGAGGUCAUCUAAAAUGGCCGCCUGACUGCUUGGGCGGAGCUAAUUAAAUUUUAAUGUACAAAAUGUUUCUUGACAGGAUCAUUUCUUUAUUUUUAGAGUCUUGCAUUUUUACUAUUAGUUUUAAAGUCUGAGAAAUGGCUUUAAAAAUACAAAAUGGUUCACUGGUAAUGUUAGACAGCUAGCUAGCAUGAGCUAACCUGACAGGAAUUGUAACAGGAAUUUUAAUGAGAUGAUUAAAUAGUCGUGAAUAUUAGCAAGAUGACUACCGUGAGCUAACCUGACAGGAAUUCUAACAGGAAAUGUAUUUAAUUCCAUGAAAGCUUAAAAAUCAGCUUUCUUUAUCUAAUGUUAGCUAGAUGGCUAGUACAAGCUAACCUGACAGGAAUCCUGAGAAGGAUUUUCCGUAAUUACGUAAUUUUCCGCUAACUUGAGAGGAAUUCAAAUGCUAAUGUUAGCUAACGGGUCCUGAUAUUACUACAUCUGCCUAUAACAAUAGCUAGCAAAAUUUAGCAAACUACGUAUGCUGCUAAUAAUAGUAUCCCUAGCAUUAGCUGCUGAGAGGGAUUAAAAAAAAAAAAAAAAAAACCUAGCCAGGAAGUAGCUAACUGGAAAUCUUCUACAAAAUAUCUAUGAAUUUAAGUUGGAUAAGAUGAAGAUUGAUGAGAUUUUAGAUGAAUUUAAUGAUUUGAUUUUGGCCCACUAGCUGAUUUCCUGCUUAGAUAAGCCUAUGUGCUCUUAUUUUGGAGUGUUUCAUAUUGGAAAGGUUUUUUUUUAAAUAUAUAUAUAUUUUCAUUGUUGCUCCAGUGACCAAAUGAUGUGCAGCUAGCGUUCUCUUGAGCGUGCUCCAAUACUGUGUUUAAUGCGCCCUUGUGGACUUCCCCUUGAUUGGAUCCAUGUUACCUUCGUCAAAUGGCUCGAGCGAAAAUGCUAACAAUAAAAAAAGUUUGCAGCUACCAUUUAGCUAAUGAUUUGUUUAGCGGUAUUAGCAUUGAACUCUUCCUUUUGGGAGGUUGUUGUUGGAACCACUGGAAAUUUACGUUAACUAAUGUUAACGUUAACAUUCGAAUCAUAUGAGAAAGUCGACUAGCGUCUGUUAAACGCCGUAUUGAAACACAACCACUUUUUAAAUCUCUAAAACAAUUAAACCAGACAGAAAAUAUAAAAAUACACUCGAGACAUUCCACAUGAAACUUCUAGAAGGCACUUUUUCGCUAGCGACAAUGCUAACGACACAGAGAGAUUAGCAUUUUCAGACGUUUAAUCAUCACAAAAACAGACACAGCCAAUCGGAUUUCAGGGGCGGGGCUUUACGAAUAAAUAAAGUCACACUCUGGAGUGUAAAUAUUAUUAACAUUUGAAUAUAAUUAACAUUUAUAAACUGUUUAUUAAUCAAAGAUUGUGACAGUUUGACGACUUCCGCAGAAUGAUUUAGUGGGAAAAAAAAAGACGAGUGAAUCUCGAGCACUUACACACGGAAUCAUGAUUUACAGAAAACACUUACAGAAAUAUCACCACUUUAUUUCUGUAUCUUUACUUUAAAGCACUGAAUGAAAAUAACUGAAAUAAAUAUCGAUUGGUUCAGUGAACGUCUUUUGUUCUGACUGAGAUGUGAUUAUUCGUCUGUUAUUUUCUCAUAAUUAGGAGUUUUGUUAUCCUGAUUUACUUAGUGAACCGUUAACACUUGGAUUUUAUGUUCAAUAAAAGUUUUACCGAA